AAGCGGUUGAUUGGCAGCUCUCUGAUAGCAGCGGAGCUCCAGCUGUCACGACGCGCCAAAGCUCAAACUGCGCUAAGUGAGAGCGGGUCCGGCGGGAGGAAGAGGAGCUGUGUGCGGGGAACCGGGUAAUUUGGGCCUGAAUGUGGACCUAAAGAUCAAAACCAGUUCUUUACUCGGUGUUGUCACAGAAGCGGUACUUUCAGCGUCGGUUCGACUGAGCGGGAUUUAAUCCGUCCGAACUGAAAUGAGCCUGGUUGAGGCCCAGCAGCAGGCUGAAGCGCCGCCAGCCGCGGCCCAGACGGCGCCGGACAGCGACUCCGACAGCGGGGUGGGUUCUCCGGCGGUUACCAUGACGACGGCUGACCCAAGAAACGCCGUUCCAGAUUCAGACGAUGAAGACGUCGCAGCUCACAGGAAGCCUCGGCGACACGCCGUCAUAGACAGCGAGGAAGAGGAGGUGGCAGCGGAGAAGAGCGUGGCUGUGGUUGGGGGUCAGAGGUCGCCUGCCUCCAGCGGCGAGGAGGUGGAGCCUGAGGAGGGGAGGCGGAGCAGCAGGACGACCCGCCAGGCUCCUGAUGACGGCGAGGAAGAGGAGGAUGUGAAGAAGAGGGAGAAGAGUCGGAGAAAUCAUGAGAAGAAGAAACAACGCAGCAAAGCGAUGGAGAAACUGAAGAAGAAGAAGAAGAAAGAGGAGCGGUUCUGUGAGGAAGAGGAGGUUGGAGCGCUUCCUGUGGUUCUGAACGACAGCGGCUGUCCUCUGGGAGACCCGGACCUGUUCGACACCGGCCUGGCUGACGAAGAGGAGGAAGAGUCUCUGGACGCCAUCAGAGCUGCAGUCAGGAUGAAGAUGAGAAACCAGGAGGAGGAAGAGGAGGAGGAUGAAGAGGCUCCAGAGAAACCCCGCCGCGCGGAGAGGAGAGCGGCUCGCGCCAGCAGGGAGGCCAUGAAGCAGCUGCACAGCGAGUCGCAGCGUCUGGUCCGAGAGUCCAGCCUCGGCCUGCCGUACCACAUCCCAGAACCCAAAACCAUCCAGCAGUUCUACAGGAGGCGGACCCGGCCCCAGGGGGCCGCCAUGGCUCUGCUCAAAUCUUCCAGAUAUUCAGAGCUGAUGCUGGAGACGCCGUCGGCUCCGCCCACCCAGCAGGAUGCUCCGCCCUCCCCGGACCUCCCAUCCAAUCAGAUCCAGUCAUUACCUGCGCCUGCAGCCGCCUCCUCCCCGCAGCAGAACCUCUCUGCAGAGGAACCAGAACCGGAGUCCGGUCCGAUGCUGCUGCUCUCAGAAACUCUGCAGGAGUCCCUCACCGCCGAUUCUGCAGAACCGCUUCCUGACGGUGGACCAGAACAGAACCAAGCAGCCUCAGAACCUCAGUCCGACCCGGUACCGCCGUCUGCACCAGAACCAGCCAGACCAAAGAAGGACCGACUGUCUCGCCUGAAGGAGCUGGGAUUGGACCCGCCGCCGCCAGCCAAGCUGAGUCCUGACGACGGCGCGUUUGUUCAGCUCGAUCUUCCUCACUGGAACCCAGGAGUGGCGGCCCUGAAGGAGCGCUACCUGCGACACGUCCAGGCGCCCGUUCGUCCGCCGGUGGAGCGCACCGUUCAGCUCACCGUCAUCCGUAAAGACAGCGCCCCCUCUGGCCAGGAGGAGCUGCGCUCGGAGUCCGUUAGCGUCACCGUGAAGGAGGGAGCCGAGGAGCCGGCCGCCACCAAGCCGGGAGAGAAGCUGCUGACCCUGAAGCAGCGGCUGCAGCUCGCCAUGGCCCAGCGCCGCAAGGAGGAGCGAGCGCGAAAAGCCGAGCUUCAUCGCCUCGACAACGAAGACUGUGGGGACGAGGAAGAGGAGGAAGAGGAAGAUAUGACGGAUGAGUCUGAGGAAGAGGAUGUGGACGACUUACUGGGUGGUGAUGGCGGCGAGGAAGAGGAGGACAAGGAGGAAGAGGAGAGCGUAGCUCAGAGCAUCCGCAGCCUUUCUCCUGCCGCUCAGACUCUGGACCGUUUCCACAUGGACGGGACGCUGAUGCUGUUCCCUGGCAGCUCCUGCUCCCGGACCGGGGACGGGGUGAGGAAGUCUGGACCCGACGCGUCCGUCAAGACCGAGGAGGACGGCAGCCACAACAGCAGCCUGGAGCUGCCCGGCUCCAUGCUCACCUCCUACCAGCCCGUCAACCAGCAGCGCAGCGCGGCCCGCGGGCCCCACGCCGCCGCCGCCCUGCGCUCCCCGUCGCCCUGCUUCUUCCGGCCCAGCAUCCUCAGCUCCGCCUCCAAGAGCUCCGGCCGGCUGUCGGAGCCGUCCCUCUGCCUCCCGGUGGAGGACUCCCAGGACCUGUACGCGCCGCCGUCCCCCGGCGCCGCGGCGAGCGGCCCGGUUCUGGGCGGGGACUCCCAGGCCCGGUUCUGCCUGGAGGACGAGGUCCAGUCCCAACUGCUGGAUUCCGACGGCUUCCUGAACGUGGGGUCGCGACCCGGGGCGACCCACAAGAGGCAGCUGCUGCUGGACAGCCUGGACGAGAACGCCAUGGACGCCCAGAUGGGGGCGCUGCUGGAGCUCUGCUCCGGCCGCUUCGGGUCGGCGCCGAGCGGCCCGGCCCAGGACGAGCUGCUGGGGUUCUGCUCCGGAGCGUUCCCGCAGACCGCCGCUGAGGAAGAGGAGGAGAGGAAGGAGGAGGAGGAGGAGGAGCAGGACAACAUGGAGGAGCUGAUGGCGCUCUGCUCCGGGAGGUUCCCCGGCCCAGAUUCUGCUGACUCGGCUUCACCGGCUGCAGAAAGGUACCGAGACCGAUCCGGUACCGAGACCGACCCGACGAAACGUUUCCUCCCACUAAGAGAGACGAAGGCUGAGGAAGAGGAGGAGGCCUGCGAGUUUGUUCUUCUGUCGGAUGUAGAAAGUGAAAAGGAGGAAGAGGAGGAGGAAGAGGAUGAAGACGAUGUCGGUGAGGAAGAGGAAGAGGAGGAGCUGCAGGGCGUCUUCGCUCCCCGUCGAUCAGAGAAGAAGAAAAUGGCGCUGAUGGACUACGUGGAGUCGGAGGCGGAGCUCUCAGGAAGUGACAUCGGCAGCGACGAUGAGGAGGGCGACCGAGACAGCGAGUACGAGGAAGAGGAGCUGCUGGAGGAGCUCCCGUCGGACGAAGAGCUUCAGAACCAAGUCAACAAGAUCCACAUGAAGCAGAUCCUGGAUGACGACAAGCGGCGGCUGAGGCUGUACCAGGACCGCUACCUGGCCGACGGCGACCUGCACUCCGACGGGCCGGGCCGAGCGCGCCGCUUCCGCUGGAAGAACAUCGAUGCCGGGUUCGACGGGUCAGCGGCGGACGGACAGGAAGACGGGGAAGAAGAGGACGACGUGGACCCGGCGGAGGUCCAGAGGAGGAAGGACCGGCUGGAGAGGGAGCAGUGGCUCCGAGAGCAGACGGAGCAGAAAACUCUGAAAGGAGAGGAUCCGGACGGAGAGGACGAGCAGAUCGGAGACGAGGACAGUCGGUUCAUGAAGCUGGCCAAGAAGCUGACGGCCAGAGCGCUGCAGAGGAAAGAACCGCCUCAGUCGGGCCAGAGGACCGCAGCAGCUCUGAACCCGUUCCAGAAACCCUCCCAGCCCGUCCAGGUGAGGAGGGGCUCCCUGCUGAGCCAGCCGGCCGCCGUGCUGCAGAAGCUGGCCGGCCUCUCUGAGGGGAACCUGCUGGGCCCCCGGAGCUCCAGAGGAUUCCUGUUCCAGACGCUGUCGCCUGGCAAGGCGCCAACGGAGCGCGCUCAGAACCAGGUGGUGAGGAAGAGGAGCCAGGUGGAUGCGGUGAGCCCGGCAGCCAAGCGGCCGUGCCGACAGAACCAAACCGCUGGACCCAACAGGAACUCUCAGAGGAGCAUCUUCAGCUUCCUGGACCACUGACCUCUGACCUCCACCAGUUCUGAUCCAUCUUGGACUCGGACCGGUCCAGUUUAAAUGUUUCAUCCUGUAAAUAUUGUCUGAUGAAUUUUAACCUUUGAUGCCGACCGUCUUUGUUUUACAGUGUAAAUAAAAGCAGAUUUUAAGAUCC